CGCAGCGCUUCUGUUAAUAUCAAUAUGGCUUCUGUCAGUCAGACAAAGGCGAAUCAGUUUUUGCCUUGAAAUGAAAUCAAAUUAGGGAAAGGUAGCGGGAGAGUCGGACAUCGUCCUGUUUUGCUGGUUCAUGUCUGGCGACGGGGAUUAAAGGGACGGAAACACUGUCAGUUGAGUUGAAUAAAUGCUGUGGUGCACGGAGGCCCCGCACGCGCACAAUCAGAAUGUCCCAUUAUACAGAUGAGCCUCGUUUUACCAUUGAGCAGAUCGACUUGCUGCAGCGGCUACGUCGGAGCGGCAUGACAAAGCAAGAGAUCUUGCACGCCCUGGACACCCUCGAACGGCUGGACCGCGAGCACGUGGAGAAGUUCGGCCACCGGCACGCCCACGGCGGGAGCGGGGCGGCCGGCGUCAAUCACGGCAACGGCAGCAACGCCACCACCUCUUCCAACUCCUGCACUACCUCCUCUAACAACCUCACAGCCUCUUCUUCGACGACCUCUACGGCCACGCAGACGGGUUUCCGUGGCAACGGCCUCUCUCCGUCCCCUAGCAACAGCUAUGACACCUCCCCGCCCCCGACGGUCCCCACCCCCGUGCCGGUAGUAGCACCCAUGGUCCAAAAUGGACGGGACGGCCUCGCCGCAAUGCCCAACGGGAAGCUCUCCCCGCCCCGCUUCGCCGUUAGCAACGCCUCCUCGCGGGCCUUUGCCUACGAGCACCCAGAUGAGGAAGUGGACAUCGAUGACAAAGUCGAGGAGCUCAUGAGAAUGGACAGUGCUAUAAUUAAAGAAGAGAUUAAAGCAUUCUUGGGAAACCGGCGGAUAUCACAGGCAGUAGUUGCCCAAGUUACAGGUAUCAGUCAGAGCCGGAUCUCUCAUUGGCUGCUGCAGCAAGGCUCAGACCUCAGCGAGCAGAAGAAAAGAGCCUUCUAUCGCUGGUACCAACUUGAGAAAACUACACCUGGUGCAACACUAGCAAUGCGGCCCACCCCGAUGGCCCUGGAGGACAUUGUGGAGUGGCGUCAAACCCCUCCUCCCAUUAGCAGCUCCCAGGGCAGCUUCCGUCUGCGGCGUGGUAGCCGCUUCACCUGGAGGAAAGAGUGUCUGGCGGUGAUGGAGAGUUAUUUCAAUGACAACCAGUACCCGGAUGAAGCCAAACGAGAGGAAAUUGCCAACGCCUGCAAUGCAGUUAUUCAGAAACCAGGGAAGAAGCUUUCAGAUCUUGAGAGGGUCACGUCUCUGAAAGUUUACAACUGGUUUGCCAACAGACGGAAGGAAAUUAAGAGAAGAGCCAACAUAGAAGCAGCAAUCCUGGAGAGUCAUGGGAUUGAUGUCCAAAGCCCGGGAGGUCAUUCCAACAGCGAUGAGAUCGAUGGAAAUGACUACGGUGAGCCAGUAGCAGCUGACCAAGUUUUGGGAAUGGAUGACAACACCGGCCCAAACGAACACCAGGACCCCAUAGCUUUGGCAGUGGAGAUGGCCGCUGUCAACCACAGCAUCCUGGCACUGGCGAGGCAGGGCGGAGCCACCAGUGACAUCAAGACAGAGGUGCUGGACGACGAGUGAGAAACCUCCCUUCGACGCAGAGCGUAGGGGGGGAACCGAAGGAGAAAUGUGGGGUUACGAAAACAAAGCCAAACAGUUUGUGCGUGAACUGUGAUUAUGAGGAAUACGGCCAGGUCGUGGAUGACCAAAGUGAAUGCGGAGGUUUUAAAGACUGUUAACCCAACAUUCCCCCCUUCCACCUCUCUCCUACGUGUGACGCCUCAAUAGUCUCUUCUUUCAAACCGCUCUCCUACACGCAGCAGGUUGGGGAGGCGCUGCGAUUAAACUCUUGAUGAAACACGUUCACUAAAAACUUCAUGCGACAUAUCACCCUGCCAUCUCACACUUGGAUAGUGAAUUUCGCCUCUCAGUUUUUCCUUCUUUCAGGAAGUCUUCUUUGCAGGAUAUAAGAGGUCAGUAUCAUACUAAAUGUUCACUGCCUCAGUCUCUCCAGGGAAAGUGUGUUGGGAAGCAUAUUCUCUCUCACUUCUUAACUUAUUUCUUUAUGUAUGUGCAGUCCAGCGUUGCUGAAAUUGCGUUUAAACUUGUACUGUUGUCACCAGGGUCUAAGGUUAACAGUCGCCUACCACCAAAUGCGCACCUGCGACUUUGCCAAGUGUGCUUCGCCAAGCAUUAGCAGACUAGAGAAGCAAAAAAUACUGGUUAGUUGUGUGCAAAAUAGUUGGGUGAUUCAAAAUUGAAGGUUAUGAACAUGUUUCUUUUGAGGCGUUUAAAUGCUUUUUGCGUUCAAAAAUAGCUCUUAAGACGUGGUUUUAAAAACGUUUUUAAAUUGUAUGUUUAAAUAACAUUAUUUUAAAAGUUAUUUUAACUUCAUAUGUCGUCUUAAAAUGGCUGAAACACUCCAAAAAAAAACAAAAAACAUUGUGAUUCACGGUGCAACAGCCAAAGACGUCUUUCUGAAUGUGUAUACCUGUAGCAACAUGUUUAAACAAGGUGAAUUUAAAGACGUAACAACAUGAUGAGUUUCACCAUGCAUAUAAGAAUGUGUUAUAUGUGAAUGUGUAGCAUGCUAAUUAAAGCAUCAUUGCUAAAAUUUCUAAAAGCAAAAAAUGGAAACAUAAAUUAAAUAAUUGGUUGUUGGAUGAUUUAGUCAUAAUAGUUCACCCAAAAAUUUAAAUUUUUUGAAAAUGUACUCACCCUCAGGCCGUCCAGAAUGAAGUUUGUUUCUUCAUCAGAACAGAUUUGGGGAAAUUUAGCAUUAAAUCACUUGCUCAUUAACAGAUCCUCUGCAGUGAAUGGGUGCCGUCAGAAUGAGAGUCCAAACAGCUGAUAAAACAUCACAAUAAUUCACAAGUAAUCCACACAACACUAGUCCAUCAAUUAAGUAAAAAACGUAAUGUUUCUAAGAAACAAAUCCAUUGUUAAGAUAUUUUUAACGGUGACAUAAUGCUAAAUUUCUCCAAAUACAUUCUCCAAAUACAUUUACACCUUAAGCCCGAAGUAUUCAGUUAUUUUUUAACACUGAAGUAAGCCUAAGGGCGAGACAUCCGGUUCAUCAGCUGCUAUGGGAAAUAACGGGAAGAAUAACAACGUGCAAUAAACAGUAAAACUGUUUACAUUAAAAAUUAGUGUGUUCAUAAUUAAGAUAAUACAUUAUAAUAUGGUAAGAAGCACCAAUUUGCAAUAUGAAAUAGCAAAACAAGCUGUUUUGUACUUUUAAAAAUAGCUGGACGCAGAUAAGAGGAAACCAGACCCAUAACAUUUAAAAAUGGCGUACGCGUGACGCAAAUUUUGUCACGCACCAUUCGAUUUUUGUGCAUUGACUUGGUUUUGCACUAAUCGGAUAUUCCACAAGAUGGCAACACCAGCCAUUGACAGCGCUAGCGUACGUGUAAAAAAAAAGUAUAUUCAGUAUAUUCAGAUGGCCUGAGGGUGAGUAAAUUUUCUGCAAAAACAACAUUCUGCCCCUCGCUAAGUAAGGGAUAAUGUACAUCCAGCCGGUUGUUGUCGCAGAAUAAAGCCCGACAGACUUCUCAGCUUUUGUAUAAGACUGAAGGGCUUGAUUUUGCAAUAACCGGCUGGAUGUACAUUAUCCUGCUUAUUACACGGCUACUUACCACAAAACUAAUUAUUUAGAUACGAAAUGUUGAUUUUAGUUUAAAAAAAUUUAACGCAAAGCUUCUGUGAAGAACGCAGUUGCUAGCAAGUGACAAGUUCAAACUAAGACGGUAUUUCACCACAUGAAUAAUUAUAGCGAUGAAACACAUUGAUUUAAGAUUAAACUGUUUUGAAAUCUUACCAGUUUGUUAGUUAUCUUACAUUCGUCGUAAAAUGGCAGUAGCUGCGUUUGUAUGAAACAAGACCGAGCGGGUCGUGAUACCAGGAUGAUGUAAACUACCUGUCAAAAGUUUUUGAACAGUUUUUAAAGAAUUUUCUUCUGCUCACCAGGCCUGCAUUUAUUUGAUUCGAAAUGCAGCAAAAGCAGUAAUAUUGUGAAAUAUUUUUGGUAUUUAAACUAACUUCUUUCUAUUUGAAUCUAUUUUAAAACGUAAUUUAUUCCUGUGAUCAAAGCUACAUUUUCAGCAUCAUUACUCCAGUCUUCAGUGUCACAUGAUGCUUCAGAAAUCAUUCUAAUAUGAUGAUUUGCUGUUCAAGAAACAUUUUUACUGUUAUUAUUAUUUUAUUAUCAAUAUUUAAACCAAUUGAGUAAAUUUUUUUCAUGAUACUUUGAUGAAUAUAAAGAUCCAAAGAUCAGCAUUUAUCUGAAAAAAAAGCUUUUGUAACACUACACACUAUACCAUUCAAAAGCUUUAAAAAGUAAUUUUUAAAAAGUUUUUUAAUUAUAGAAACAAAUACAUUUAUGUAGCAAAGAUGCUUCAAAUUGAUCAAAAGUGACAAAAAAGACAAUGUUACAAAAGAUUUCUAUUUUAGAUAAAUGCUGUUCUUCUGAACUUUCUAUUCAUCAAAGAAACCUGAAAAAUUCUACUCAGCUGUUUUAAACAUUAUAAUAAUAAGACACGUUUUAUGAGCAGAAUAUUAAUCAGAAUAUUAGAAUGAUUUCUGAAGGAUCCUGUGACUGGAGUAAUGAUGCUGAAAAUUCAGCUUCGCAAUCACAGGAAUAAAUAAAAUUUGAAAAUAUAUUCAAAUAGAAAACAGUUAUUUGAAAUAGUAAAAAUACUUCAGAAUUGUACUGUUUUUGCUGUACUU